ACAUCGUUCGCGCCGCUUUCUUCGUGGUCCUUCUGCUUCCCAACCAAGCGAGCUCUUCCAGCUUCCGGGUGGACUCGGCCCCGACUCGGUGAAAUUCCCGCGCCGACUCAGAUUCCGUUCGAUCGGUCGACUCGCCUUCCCUUCGAUUCUUUCACCGGUCAGGCACUCUCCUUCAUCUCCCUCGCUCGCGCGCGCGCGCGCGCAGAGAUGUCGACGCUGCCGCCGGCGAAUCCCAAGGCCUCCUCCUCCUCCUCGCCGCCGGCGACAGGCGCCGACGGUGCCCGGGCGCGGCGGAUCCUCUCCAGCAAGCUCUACUCCGACGUCCCUCCAUCCAAGGUGCCGCUGGUUUACUCCCCUUCCUACGACAUCGCUUUCCUCGGGAUCGAGAAGCUGCACCCAUUUGACUCUUCCAAAUGGGGAAGGAUAUGCCAGUUCCUUAUUUCAGAAGGUGCUUUAGUAAAAAGCCGCAUCGUCGAGCCUUUGGAAGCUUCAAAGGAGGAUCUCCUUGUGGUUCAUUCUGAGUCAUACUUGAAUAGUUUGAAGAGCAGUGCUAGAGUUGCCAUGAUAGUUGAGGUACCUCCUGUUGCAUUAUUGCCCAAUUGCCUUGUUGAUCAGAAAGUUCUUCGACCAUUCCUCAAGCAGGUGGGGGGAACUAUUUUGGCAGCAAAGCUCGCGAAGGAGCGAGGAUGGGCCAUCAAUGUGGGAGGAGGGUUCCACCAUUGUUCUGCGGAUCAAGGAGGUGGAUUUUGCGCUUAUGCUGACAUAUCUCUUUGCAUACACUUUGCGUUUGCUCGCCUAAAUAUAUCAAGGGUGAUGAUAAUUGAUCUCGACGCGCAUCAAGGAAAUGGACAUGAAAUAGAUUUUUCUCAUGAUAGACGAGUUUAUAUACUGGAUAUGUUUAAUCCUCAGAUUUAUCCAUUUGAUUAUGAGGCCAGGAAAUACAUUGAUCAGAAAGUCGAAGUGAUGUCUGGGACCUCUACAACUGCAUACUUAAAGAAAUUAGAUGAAGCGCUUGAGGUUGCUGCACGUGCAUUUGAUCCUGAACUGGUGGUUUACAAUGCUGGAACCGAUAUUCUUGAAGGUGAUCCAUUGGGCAGGUUAAAGAUCACUCCAGACGGAAUAACCAGCAGAGAUGAGAAAGUUUUUCAGUUUGCUCGUGAGAGAAGCAUUCCCAUUGUGAUGGUUACAUCAGGUGUGCUCCCCCUCUAUGCUUCUGCAUCGACUUUUCCGAGUGCCACCAUCUGGUAGCUGGUGGAGAAUUUUGAGAAAGAUGCUUGUAAUAGUGGGUGGCUAUAUGAAGUCCAGCGCUAGAGUUGUUGCAGAUUCCAUAGUUAAUCUGUCAAAGAAAUGCUUAAUAGAUAUGGAGACUCCCUCAGCAAGAGCAUGAUCUUGAGAUGCAAGUUCAGUUGCUGCCACUCAGAAGUUACUUGAGAAGAAGGUAAGCUAAGUUUAGUCGGCCCCCGACACAAGAGAGGCAUACGAAUACCAGGUCCUGUUUCUUUCACUACCGGUGCUUAUUCUAAGGAAGCCAUUGCUACUUUCAAGUCUGCUGCAUGAAAAGUGAGCUCGAUCCAUGUUGACGACUUUGUAACUAUGUAUAUGUGUAUGUAGAAGAAUAACCCCUUCACCGGAAUCUCUAAAUUAAACGUACAUUUACUGGUUCUGUAUCUCUGAUAUCGGGUAUCCAGUGUUUGUUGUGCCUGGAAUUCUGGAAUUGAGUUAAGAUGUCGCUGUUGACUUGCCAUUAAGAACAUGGCUGGAUUCAUGAUUAUGUGGUUUGCAGCGACAAAAAGAAGUGCUUACUCGGAACAUUUUGAGUAAAGAUACAUAUAUAUGUAUACGAACUAUACAUGUUUUGUAAAUUCCUGAUGUUUAUGUAUAAAGCUUAAUAUUGUAGUUGGUUU